AAUUGCAAAUAACACACAAAGGAAACACAAAAGAGCGGAAAGCAAAUGUGAAGAGACGAAGAGUAGCCAAUGAGAAAAAAGGACGAGGAUCGAUGACAUGGCAAAAGAUUUUUGAAAUCCCGCCUAAACCCGGAGUUUCAAUUGAUAUCGCGAUUUAUCUCUCCCUCUCUUUAACGAAACCGACUCCCUUCAUAUCCCUCUCUCUCGCUCCCUCUUCACUUCAAAGGGCUUUUCCUUCUUUCCACAUAAACACACGCACUCGAAGCCAAUCUCAAAACCGCAUCACACGAACCAAACUAAGCCUAACCCAAUUUUUUCUCCUCAUAUUUCACUCUCACACUCUUUCCUUAUCUUCUUCUUCCCCCAAACCCUAGAGUUUUACAGGAUUCAUCAUGAAGGGCGGUAAAUCCAAGGGGGCGCCUAAAAAGACCGAUACCAAGUUGAAGAGCAAAAGUGCCGGAGCUAGUAAGAAAUCAGCGAAGGCUGCAAAGGAUCCUAACAAGCCGAAGAGGCCUGCUAGUGCUUUCUUCGUUUUCAUGGAGGAGUUCAGGAAGCAAUACAAGAAGGAACAUCCUAACAACAAAUCCGUCGCCGCCGUUGGAAAGGCUGGUGGUGAUAAAUGGAAGUCAAUGUCCGACGCUGAGAAAGCACCUUACAUAAACAAGGCUGAGAAAAGGAAGACUGAGUACAACAAGAGCAUGCAGGCUUAUAAUAAGAGAAUUGCGGAGGGAGGUAAUGGAGCCGAAGAAGAAGAAUCAGAUAAAUCCAAAUCAGAAGUCAAUGAUGACGAUGAAGAUGAUGAUGAGAGUGGAGAGGACGAAGAUGAUGAGUAAAUGUUUAGGAGACGAGGAAUGAUGUGGUGGAAGAAGAACAAGCGUUUUUAACUCCUUCAUAGUUCGGAGCAAAGACUCAGCAAUUUAGAUUUUUCUUUAUUAUGUCUUGGAUAAAUAGCUACUUCUUUUUUCCUUUUUUUUUUUUUGGUAAUUAGGAUAGAAUGGGAGAAAAGAAAUCAAAACAAAAAGGAAGGUUCGUGUUUGAUGUUAGAUUUCUUAAGUUGACAUGGAUAUGUAUUCAAGGAAAAAUCUGUGUUAGUAAUUGCACAAUGAUUCAGUUUUAGUUCCAUUAUUCUACUGAUCUUGAUCUUCA